CUCCAUUCGAAAACCCUGUCUGUCACUGUACCAUCGGUAACAACGGAAGCAGCAGCAGCAGUAACGACAACAACUUCACAGAUAGUCAGCGAUGUUGUGGCUUGAAUUCAGACUGCAUCAACAGGACGAUGAUGUUUGAGUGUCAUCCUCUUGUUUGUAUUGGCAAAGACAGAUGCAUGAACCAGUGUUUCACGAAACGUUUGGAUGCAGAAACAAAAAUAAUGAAAACCGAAGAAAAGGGCUGGGCUCUGUUCAGCAAGUCAGAAAUUUUAAAGGGUCAGUUCAUAGGCGAGUACGUUGGAGACCUGAUUGAUACAGAUGAGAGCAAGAAGAGGUUGGAAGAUGCCCAGUUGAAGGGGUGCACGAAUUUUUACAUGCUCACCCUGGAUAGGAACAGGAUCAUAGAUGCAGGUCCAAAGGGCAACCACACGAGAUUCAUGAAUCACAGUUGUGAACCGAACUGUGAGACGCAAAAAUGGACAGUCAACGGUGAUGUCAGGAUUGGACUGUUUGCCCUACAGGACAUAGCAGCAGGCACAGAGCUGACAUUCAACUACAACUUCGACUGUUAUGGAACAGGCAUCACGAAGUGCAAGUGUGGCUCGUCCAUAUGCAGCGGCUACCUCGGCGUCAAACCCAAGACAGCUGCAGCUUGGCAGGUGGAGAAGCGAUCGCUGGAGACAAAGAUGAGGAGGUUGCAAGCGAAAAGCGUUCAAAACACUAACAAACCAGUCAAGAAACCGAACAAAAGUUUAGCUAAUGGGCCAUACAGUGAGCAAAAUGAAGCAUCGACUAGCAGACGAAGUAAAAAACAGAUCAACAACAACGCAACUACAGCACGCAAUGAACGAUCAAAUAUCGACGAAAGUACCUCUGCCAACCACAAAAACAAAGAAGGCAAGAAAAGAAAACACCUGACAUGUUCAAACGAAAAUAGAAAAAAAAUUAAAAUGAAUUAAAUUCUGUCAUCUUCUGCUAGUGCGUUAUAAAUUGGAUCAUUGCGUGUUUUGUAUUCGCUACUUUUGCACCUCACUCAAACCUGAUGACAUUGAACCGGGCGACGCGCUAUUACGUUUUAUUGUGAUUCCACCUGUUAUAUUCUCACUGGCAUCUUUUCAUAUUGCUUUCUUAUAUUGUUCGUGCCUGUAUAUAUGUACUUAUGUAUAUGUUGUCCUCUUUUGUGUUCAUCAUGUCAUAUUUUUAUGGACUACGUAUGUUUUUGGUGAAAUUUUCAUAUUUUUUGAAUGAAAUAUUACGUUGCAAAA